AUGGGACAUUUUCGUCCUGGAGAUGAGCUUAAUCUGGAUGAGUUCGUCGGCCCAAUUUAUAGAGAAACGUACAAGUACAACUGGGAAGACAAGCUCCUGUCUUUAAGAGGUUAUUUGAGUGGCCAUGUUGAUCAUACAAUGCCAUCGUCUCGGAACAGGGAUUAUGCCAGGGAGUCACCUGGUUUCUCCUAUAGGGAAGAACUACGUGUGCCAUCAAAUGGUACAAGACUGAUGACUGGAAUGACUUCCGAGACUAUUGGUUGUGAUGGGGGGUCUGGUGAAAAUUCACAAAACAGAUCUCACAUUACUUCACCAGAUAUCACGAGUUACUCAAGGUCCUAUUUUGGUUUGCUAAAGGAGAGGCGUGGAGCUCAUUUUUAUCCAGAAUUUGAUGUUAAAGAUUACAGAAGACGCGAUACUUCAAGAACUGACUUUAUGGAUCCCAUAGAUGUAAUUGAUGAAUCUAGAACAUGUAUAAAUGAUGUUGGACUUCGAAAUCACAAUUCUUCUUCACGAGGACAGUUGCCACAUAAUAAUUCUGAUACGCAUGGAUCCUCGUAUGCAAGAAAGCAAGAUGUUGAAGUAUCAGGUUAUGGUAGUACGUGCCUGAGUUACGAUAGGGAAUUAUAUCAUAAUUAUGGAAGAAUUGAACCACAAGUGCGUCAUAGUAAUGAGAUGGAUGGUGGCACAUGGACUCGUGAAGAAAUAUCAGAUGUGUUGCGACUGAAAGAAUAUGACCCUUUCUUUGACCGAAUUGAUGAUAGACCUGACGAGGUUGGCUGCAAGGGAUUGAGCUCAGUUGAACCAUCCGAAAGGAAGCUCAAACGAAAACAUUUUGUGGGUGAGAUAUUGCUCGAGCAUGGUGUUGGUAGGAAGGGUGUUCGCAAGAGUUAUCAUCUAGGGUAUGGAGGAGAGGAUGUGGAUCCUGUAACUAUACAUAAAGAAGUGGUUGGGACCACGUCCACAAAAGCUUCAUGUUACGCAACAUACAGUAAAGAAAUACAAACCUUCAUUGGAGAAGAGGUUAGGACAUGCUCCAAAGAGAAUCAUGCUAGAUUCCCAUGGCAGAAAAAGUUAAGUUCCAAAAAAUUUCCAAGUGUCCAAGAUAAUUCAGAUGGAAGUCCUGAUGAUGUAGUGAGUGACCACAUAGCAGAUCACGUUCUUCUUGAAAAGCCUGAACCACCUGAAAAGUCUGAUGAGUUCAAGCAAUUAAAGUGCCUCGGAUGUGAAAGCAACUCAGACAAGUUUGUAGGCACAGAAAGUUUGGCAACGAAUGCCUUCACAUCCACUAAGGUUGGCUUCAGGUCGCAACACUUGGGAUUGCGCAAUGCACUUUGCUUACUGAUGGGAUGGAAAAGUAAGUGGAUUUGUGAGAGUAGAGUCCAAGCUUUGAGAUAUGGGGUUUGGGAACACGAAUAA